AGGAUAGCAAUGAUUCGCGAUCGUAUUUGUCGUGCAUUAGAAAAGUACAUCGAUUCCCACCGUCCUGGAAUUCAAGCCCGUAUCUCACCAAAGGUCGAAAGUACUACAGAAGUCCUUGUCGAAAAAUUACCGGGAACGAUCAUGGAUUUUAUGACCAAGAGAUUCGCUGAAGAUCAUAGCGCUAUGGAAGGUAUUCUCGACUUUGUCGCAACGAUUACCGAACGCUUGCCAGCUAAAUUCAAAGACAAGAUUCACGAGGGCAUCAGAGAAGUGGUCUUUGAAUCGAUGGACGGUAUAUCCGAGAAGGUUACUGAUGCCGUCCUCAACUCAUCCAAGCACGCUAUUCGCGAAGCAACUGGUCAAAGUGAUUUGGACGAAAAGGAUAUGAAGGUAAAGAAAGAGAAACCAGAAAAAUCAUUACGAGAGCGAAUCGAUUUCAGCUUUGAUCUUGGCUGGCUGUUCAAAGGAAAAGAAGGCAUCGUUGGGAAGAUUCUUGAACUACUUCGUGCUCCAAUUCAUCAUGUUGGUUCUGAGAUCCAGGAGCAUCUAGUUACUGGGAUACCCAAACGUGUUGAGUCGCUGCUUGCAGAGGUACUCCCUCGUGAUGAAGAUAACGAUGGGAAACUGGACGGCUUCCGUGGAGCGGUCCUUGGUGUAUUUGGUCAAAGGGAUACAAAGAAUAACGUGUUUGCUAAGAUGCUUGCGAAGAUACCAGGACUGGUUGAAAAAAUAGUGCAUCCGAUUAUUGAAGAGCUUGAGGAACGCUUGUACGAGAUU